AUGGCAUCGGGCGCCUACGGACUGGGGAGUGCGUCGGGCGCCGACGUCAGUGUGAGUGUGGCCGAGACGAUGCUGAACUCGCCCGGGUACGUGCUGCGUGACGAGAUGAAGUACAUCCCGCACCCGCAGCCGAGUCCGAUGUCGCACAAUCCGUGGAUGCUGCCGGCGCAGGCCGACACGUGCCGCCGCCGUCGUGGCAACCCGUCCGUGUCGCCCUCCUAUCUCAGCCCGCCGCCCAACGGCGCGCCGCCUCCGCAGCACCCGGCCUACAGCAUGCACAGCAUGAUGCCGCACCAGCUGCACCCGGGGCACCUGAGCCGCGAACCGCACGAGCUGAUGAUGCCGCAGAGCGAGCCCAGCCAGGAGCCGGAGGAGGAGGCGCCCUCUGACGACGACCUGGCCGUGUUCGCCAAGCAGUUCAAGCAGCGCCGGAUCAAGCUGGGCUUCACGCAGGCCGACGUGGGCCUGGCGCUCGGCACGCUCUACGGCAACGUCUUCAGCCAGACGACCAUCUGCCGCUUUGAGGCGCUGCAGCUCAGCUUCAAGAACAUGUGCAAGCUGAAGCCGCUGCUGCAGAAGUGGUUGGAAGAGGCCGACUCUACCACGGGCCUGACGGCAUCCGUCGAUCGGAUGGCCGCGCAGGGCCGAAAGCGGAAGAAGCGCACCAGCAUCGAAGUGUCGGUCAAGUCGCUGCUGGAGCAGCACUUCAUGAAACAGCCGAAGCCGGCGUCGCCCGAGAUCAGCAGCCUGGCCGGCUCACUGCAGCUGGAGAAGGAGGUGGUGCGCGUCUGGUUCUGCAACCGCCGCCAGAAGGAGAAGCGCAUGACACCGCUGGGCCCGUGCACGGGCUACGAUAAGGGAGACGGUGGCUCGCCUCAGUCGUAUGUCUCGCAGUCGGAGCUGCAGCAGAUGCAGGCGUCGCUUGGGCCGCCGCAGCCGCUGCCGCAGCAGCAGCGCGCGUCGCCCCACCAACACCAGCAUCCGCCCAGUCGCAGCCCGACCCUGCUGUCCCCGCAGCAGCCGGGGACGCUGCCGCCGCACUCGCAGGGCCUGGCCGCGCACUGA